AUGUGCCCAGAGCAAAAGACCUCUUCCCAUCUCUGCCUCGCCUGGUGGUUCAUUCCUGCUGCCUCUUUCUCUCUCUCUCUCUCUCUCUCUCUCUCUCUCUCUCUCUCUCUCUCUCUCAUCUCUCCUCUUUAUCUCUGGACUCAGAGGCACUCAGAUAUGAUCCACAGCAAUUGGCAACUCUGGCCAAUGUCCAAGCCCAACUAUGACUGCACAAGGAGCCAAGCCAUUUGCCUUCACACCUCGCCGUUGCCGUUGCUGCAUCUCAGGGAACCCCAGCAGGGCCUUGUCCUUCAGGCACACCCUGCGGAAGGCAAGGCCCCUCCCACCUCCCCAUCCAAGCCCCUCAGUCCUCUGUGCCUCUCCCCCUCUCAGCCACAUGGGGAACGUUCCAACACAGACACACCUGGAAGAAGUGGAAUCACUCAGAGGGAGGGGCAGGGAUGGAGGCAAACCAGCUCACCCUUGGCCGUGACUAAGGUCCCCACUCUGAAGACCCCUUACAUAUCAGGGGAUUGUAGAUAA